AUGUGGGUCUGCUGACAUCUGCAAGCCAGAGGUUGGACUGCAGGACGACCGCAGUCAGCCCGACAGACACAGGACCAGAACUCCGCGACAUGAAGAGCACCCUGAAGCUCAGCUAGUCACGCUGCCUCCCUGGGCUCUCCGUCAUGAGGUGGCGUUUCUCUCGAAAACUUGGUGUGCUGACCAAGGCUGGCUUCCUGCUCUGGGUGCUAUGGCUGGGCUACCUUCUGUUAGCGCGCUCCUCUUUCCCCUCUUUCCCAUCCUCGCAAGAGGAGGAAGACGAGGACCACGAUGUUCUGGCGAGACAGCUCUCCUUAGAGGGGAACGGGGCGGACGGGCAGCUGGCGAGGCCCCUCUACGUUAAGCCAUCGCCGGACCCUAAUGCGCCGGGGGAGUGGGGACGGGCCACACACCUCACCCUCGGCCCUGAAGAAAAGAAACAGGAGCAGGACAGUUUGGAGAGCUAUGCUAUCAAUAUCUAUGUCAGCGAUAAGAUUUCCCUCCAUCGGCACAUCCAGGACCACAGGAUGAAUGAAUGCCGAAAUAAGAAGUUUGACUACCGGCGUUUACCCACAACGUCUGUGGUCAUCGCCUUCUACAACGAGGCCUGGUCCACCCUGCUGAGGACUGUUCACAGUGUGCUGGAGACCACGCCUGCCAUCCUGUUGAAAGAGAUCAUCCUCAUUGAUGACUACAGUGACCGAGGCUACCUGAAAUCCAAACUAGCUGAAUACAUCAGUAAACUGGAUCGCGUGCGUCUCAUCCGCACCAACAAAAGGGAGGGUCUGGUCCGGGCCCGCCUCAUCGGGGCCACCUAUGCUACGGGCGAUGUUCUGACAUUUCUGGAUUGCCACUGUGAGUGUGUCCCUGGUUGGAUUGAGCCUCUGCUGGAAAGGAUUGGUGAGAAUGCCAGUACCAUUGUGUGCCCCGUGAUCGACACCAUUGACUGGAACACCUUUGAGUUUUACAUGCAAACGGAUGAGCCGAUGAUCGGGGGUUUCGACUGGAGACUCACCUUUCAGUGGCACGCGGUCCCCGAAGUGGAACGCAAGAGGCGCACGUCUCGCAUUGAGCCCAUCAGGUCUCCCACAAUGGCAGGUGGUUUGUUUGCUGUGAGCAAGGCCUACUUUGAGCGUCUGGGCACAUAUGACAUGGGCAUGGAGGUGUGGGGAGGAGAAAACCUGGAGCUCUCCUUCAGGGUGUGGCAGUGCGGAGGCAGUCUGGAGAUUCUCCCCUGCUCUCAUGUGGGCCAUGUGUUCCCCAAAAAGGCCCCUUAUGCACGGCCCAACUUCCUCCAGAAUACCGUACGAGCUGCAGAGGUUUGGAUGGACUCUUAUAAACAACACUUCUACAACAGGAAUCCUCCAGCCAAAAGGGAGACCUAUGGGGAUAUCUCAGAGCGGCUGGUGCUGAGGGAGAGGCUGAAAUGCAACAGCUUUGACUGGUAUCUGAAGAAUAUCUACCCGGAACUACAUGUUCCUGAGGACAAGGAGGGCUGGCACGGGGCUGUGCGAAGCUCAGGAAUAAACUCGGAGUGUCUGGACUACAACUCCCCAGAGCACAAUCCCACCGGUGCCCACCUUUCUCUGUUUGGCUGCCACGGCCAGGGAGGCAACCAGUACUUUGAAUACACAACUCAAAAGGAGAUCCGUUUCAACUCGGUGACAGAGCUUUGUGCCGAAGUAGCUGAGGGACAGAUCGCCAUCAGUAUGAGGAACUGCCCUACUGAUGGAGACGUCCCACCUCCCAGUAUCGUCUGGGACUUCAAAGCGGACGGGACCAUCUACCACCCUUACUCCGACAUGUGUGUGACAGCCUACCGCACACCAGAGGGCCGCACGGACGCCCAGGUGAGGCGGUGCAUCCCAGGAGACAACAACCAGCAGUGGAAGUUCGAGUGGUAGGAGGAGGAGGAGGAGGAGGAGGAGGAGGAGGUGGUAAGAAAGUAGCAGGGAACCUCAAGUGACCUUCGUUCACCAUAGUGCAAUUACCACAGAGGAUGUCUUCCAGCUGGGAAUGGCAGGCAAAUAGAAGGUGGAGAAACUUUAAGCCAAUGAAUUGCCCAAUUCAGAGCUUUUGUACACGUUUGAAUGACUGAAUUGGUGCAGAUCGUGGCAGAAUGAAUGAGAAUUGCAAAGUGAGGUUUAUUUAGUCUUCCUAAGGAGACCGGCUGAACUUGAGACUUUUACUUUCAUGUUACUUCAUCCAAGUGCCUCUGCAAACCAAAAUGGACUCAAGCUCACAUCUGAAGCGUCACCAUUGUCUCCUAAUGCAACGACUUGAAAGCAGUGAAACUGAUUUGACUGUCCAGCACUUGAAGAAGUGCCUUUCAAGGAGAUUGAAGCAUUUUCUAGAAAGGUAAAAAAAGAAAAAAAGCGACAAAAUCACGCUGCACUAUAAAAUGUUACCUUGAUGUGCAAUUAAGAUUAAUUAUUAUUGUAAAAUAAUCAUGUAUUUGUGAAGUUGUCAAAAAAAUAACCAGUUUUAAAGACGGGCCGCUCAAAGGAGACGUUCCAGGAAUGUAAGCAUUUUGCCACAAGCCAGCUACUUCCUGACAUGCUUCAUCAUGUGAGGGGAAAAGCGGGAGCAGAGAGCGCUGCAGUCAUACUAGACUGCUUCUCAAUUCUCUCUCGUGUCUGUGGAGCCAGUUUCAUGGUAGAAUGCUGCCCGAACAAGACUUGAAGCAUUCAUUAAGCAUUCGUACUAAGUGCAAUUUGCCCUCAGAGGGCUUAGAGAGUUGACAGGAAUGUUGUAAUCUCUUCUUCCCUGUUGUGUAAAAUUAAGAAUACCCACUAAACUCUUCUGCCACUGUGCCUUGAAAGGUUGUCACUCUUAAAGAAACCGGUAUGUGCCGAGAUGAAAUGUGCCAGCGGAUGUCAAAUGUAUUUAAAAUGUUUUUUUUAAAUGCUUAAAAAACUAAAACGACACUGGCUUGAUGCACUUGACUUUAUUUAAACACAAAAACCCUUAAAGGGAGAGGCUGUUUAAUAUAAUCGUUCAACUUGGCAGUGCCAGACUGUUUUGUUAAGACUCCUGUGUGUAAACCGUACUUGAAGCAGCAUCCAUAAAACACUCCUGUUUUGUUUUUUUCCCACUGAGAACGUGUUGGUUUUUCUACUGGGGAUUCAAUGACCAACAGGUGCUCUGUAACUGUUGUUGAAAUGUUUGUUGAAUAGCAGCUGAAUUUACCGGAGACUGCUUAUCUCUGAGAAAUGUUUGGCGUCUGUGGUCCUUUGAAAUGAAUGAGAUAUUCAUACUUGUCAAUGGAUACAGUGGGUAAACAUGUACAAUGACGCCUGUGUUGUGUUACCUUUUGUAAAUAAUGUUUGGUUUAAGGGACCAAAGUGGGGCUGUCGUAAAAGCACCUUUGAAACUACUGAUAAUGCAAAAGGGACGGUGAUGAUGAUGAUGAUUAUUUGAUAUGAAGAAGGGGGGGGUGACUGAAAUGGGAUGGAUGUUUCAAUGAUGAUACAAGCUGUUGGGAUGAAUGAGAGAAUAAAAAAAAACU